AUGGACGCGGCUAAUACACACAACCAAAACUAUUGGUUUGUAGUUCGUGAUGACCAUAGAAAUGUUAUAUUUUCGAGUAAUAAUUUUACCAUCCAAAAUCCACAAAGCCAAGAGGCGAGGUUUAUAGUGGAUGCAGGUGUACAUAGUGAAAAUAGACAAUAUGUACAAGUACAAGACAGUAUACCUCCAGUUCUUCAGGAAGAAACUGCUAAAGAAAUUAAAGAAACAGUUUCCGUAAGAGAUGAUAUCUUUUGGGACAGAAAUAAAGUUCAGUUACUUUUAACCCUCUGUCUUCAAAAUGGAUACAACCCCUCAACUAUAGAGCAGAUUGAGUGGACAGAGAUAGCUGCCUUAUUGGGAACUACUCCAGAAGAAUGUGAUAAGAAGUUCAGAGGCCUCCGACGAAUCUAUCUUAGAUUAAUGAAAAAGAAAAAUUUAGGCAAAGAUAUUAAAUGGAAAUAUUUUAAUAUUUGUGAAGAGUUUUUUAAAGAUUGUAAACUGUCAUUUACUGUAUUAGAACCAUGGGAAGAUUCUAAAAUUAGACAAUUGUUAAGUAUCUACAUUGAAAAUAUCAAUAAAUUUAGAGACCCAAAUUACUUACAUAAAGAUGUCUGGAAAGAAAUUGCUUCUCGGUUAGAAACAACAGAAUAUAAUUGUUAUCAUAAAUUCAAAAGUUUAAAAAGAACUUAUUUAAACUGGCUUCAAAGAAGUAGGGAAACAGGAAAGUUAAUUAAAUGGACUUAUCAUCAGUAUUUUGAAAGGAUAUAUUACAAUUAUAAUCCAGAUUUGGGGCCAUGGGAUAGAAAUAAAAUAAGGUUACUUAUUAAUGCAUAUGCAGAAAUUGCACACAUGUUCAAGAAUCCUAAAUAUCAAAAGAAAGAGUUGUGGAGAGAAAUUUCAAGAAAAGUGGGUGAAAGUCCAAGCAGUUGUGACAGAAAGUUUAGAAACUUAAAACAAACAUAUUUAAGGCUCAAAAUGAGGGUUGAUACUGGUAGAUCAGUUACAAAAUGGAAGUACUAUAAAGAAUUCUCAACAAUUUUUGACAAUGAAGCAUAUUGUGUUACCAACGAUGGUCAGCAAAUUGUAUACAGGGUAGGUGAACAGGAUUAUGUAAAAGAACUUCUCAACUUUUAUCUCGAUAAUAAGGAAAAGUUUUGGGAUCCUCUGGUAAAAAAAAAGCCUCUAUGGAGAACUAUAGCAUCAAAAAUAGGGUUAACUGCUGGAGAAUGUGAUAAAAAAUUUAGAAAUCUAAAACAAACUUAUUUACGAAUGGCUGAAAGAAAGCAACUCAGUGGAAAAAGUAGCACAUGGCCAUACUAUUCAUACUUCGAAAAAAUUUAUGAUCAACCAAAAUUAAUUAAGAAAGAAUGCAAACAUGCAUGUAUGGAUAAUGUUACACUAAAAGAAAUUACCAGUAUUGUGAAAGAUGUUCAUGAAAUAAAAGGGAAAGAUAAAUUUGAGCGACUAGUAAAGGUUAUAGAGGAUUCAAAUAAUAUUCAGAGAGAAAGGAACCGAAUCUUACAAGCACUACUGGAUAGGAAAUAA